AUGCAAAUAUCUUUGAACUUCUAUAGGAUAUUCCAAGUGUCAAGCCAACUGUUCACUUUGACCAAGACGAUCUACCAGAAUCCCUCUAUUGGUGAUGAGGAGAUAGACUCAAUGUUGGCAAUGAAUGUUCAACUUCAGAGCGAGGUCAAUGAGAUAAGGAACUUGGUGGACUAUAGGAGACAGGCAAUGAUGUACCAGAAACAAAUGUUCUCAUGUCCAGAAUCCCCCAAUGGUGCCAAUCCUUAUCCAAGUGUCCAUUAUGAAGAGGAGACUCAACAGAAUCAUUGUCCACAGACUAUUACACAGUCAUCUCCACCACCCGCUAUCACUCCAAAGGCCAAGUCCCACAUCAAGUCACACUAUGCCAACACCAUUGGAAACAACAACAAUCCAAAGGCAUCACCGACCUAUAUCAAUUUGACCGAGAAGUUGAUCAAGUCCCAGAAUAAGAAGAUAAAGAAGUCCAGCUCGCCAAACAGAGUCUGUCUGAAUUGCAAGACCACAGACACUCCAGAGUGGAGACGAGGUCCUCAAGGUGCCAAGACUUUGUGUAACGCAUGUGGUAUCAGGUACCGUCUCUCGAAGCAAAAGUCAACCGAGUCUGUCCCAGUGUUCCUUGCUAGUGCUCCAGUACCAUCACAAGCACAACAACAACAACAGUCUUUACCCGUUGUGCAGUGUCUACCAGUGAACUUGAACGGCUCGACUACAUCUCCCCAACAAAGUUGUCCAGAGAUGUACAACAACAUUCAAUCCAUUGUUCAGGAGGAUCUGAGCCAUGAAGCCCCCCACCAGUCCAUCUCCUGUUCCAAUGAUCCAUUUUCCAUGCUGCAUGCUGACCAAUCGCUGUUAUACACAGCGACAGAGUAA